AUGUCACCGAAGGAUAAUCCUCCAACUGAAUACACACACCGGGCAUGGUUUGUCAUAUUCGGCGCCUUUGCAUGUGCCUUUUGCACGGUGGGCUUUAUGAACUCGUUCGGUAUAUUCCAAGAGUACUACGCAAAGAAUCAGCUGUCCUCAAGUUCCACAUCUACCAUCGCAUGGAUCGGGGCUAUAGCAAUAUUCCUUUUGUUUGCUAUAUCUGCUGGGGCGGGAGCAAUACUCGAUAUUUUUGGACCUACACUCAUGGUAUAUGUUGGCUCAUUCGGGUGUGUCUUUGCACUUAUGAUGACUUCACUAUGCCAGGAGUUCUAUCAAUUCCUACUCGCUCAGGGUGUAGUGUUGGGUAUUUCGAUGGGUCUGACGACAUGGCCAAUGCUAGCAUUGGUCGGACAAUACAUCAAAGCGAAGCGUGCUGCAGCGAUGGGGAUUGUGAUGGCGGGUUCGUCGCUCGGCGGAGUUAUCUGGCCCAUUGCAAUUGACAGAUUGCUCGAUGAUCCCAACAUCGGGUUUCCCUGGACCAUGCGAAUUGUCGGCUUUAUCAUGAUCCCUUGCUUCAUUUUCUCUUGCGCGGUCGCCAAAUCUCCGAAGAAAGCUACAAUAAAUGUGGACAGUCGCGAUUCAAAUCGGGCAACUGACGAAAAUACCACAGCACAAAAAGAAACGCCCCAAAGUCACAAGGCAGAGGCCCUGGCCCUUUGGCGAAAGCCAUCGCUGCAGCUACUGUGCCUCGCUAUGUUCAUCACAUACUUUGGCAUGUUCGCGCCGUUCUUCUAUACGACUUCCUAUGCGGUUGAGAAAGGAUUCUCGACAUCCCUAGCUUUCUAUACUGUUUCCAUUGUGAACGGCGCUUCGUUCUUCGGUCGAGUCCUCCCUGGCAUCAUUGCUGAUAAGUACGGAAAAUUCAAUUGUUGCAUAAUAGCCACGAUGAUCUCUGGGAUUGUUGCAUUCUGCUGGACCAAGGUGACGUCUGUGGCCGGUCUGGUAAUAUGGUCCGCUGCAUACGGCUUUUCGUCUGGAGGCAUCUUAUCCCUCCAGCAAGCCUGUGCUGCCCAGCUUGCUACUUCUACCACUCUAGGAUUGGCGAUCGGAUCUGUGUCAGGUUCCACGGCUCUAUCUGCUAUGGCUAAUGUACCUAUCAGUGGUGCUCUAGUUGAAAGAUAUGGGUAUUUUUCCCUGUCAAUGUUUUCAGGGGUAUCCUUGCUCCUAGGUGGUGUCCUUUUGAUUGCUGCGCGUCUGUCCCAGGACAGGCAGCUUCUAGCUAUCGUCUAA